AUGGCUGUGGCCAGCGGCGACCCGGAAGUUCUCGACUUUGUGCUGGAGCAUCGCAAACUCGAAGAUUUCACAAGUCACACAUGGAAACAUUGUUUCCGCUUUGGUGACAAACUUUUGUUACAAAAACUCAUUCACUAUCAGUACCAGCAGCAGCAAUAUCUCCUGCAGCAACAACCACCCCUCCACCCCCAAGAAACACAAGCACUCAUCGUCCGAGCAGCAUCACCACCACCAUCAUCAUCAGCAGCAACAACAACACAACUCACAACAACUAUCUCACUCUGCUUCAUCGUCGUCUCUCACAAACAACUCACUUUCCAACUCGGCAUCGGCACCGUCUUCUCUCAACUCACUCUCACUAAACUCGUCGUCGCCAAACUCACAAACUUUCUCACUCUCACUCACUUCCUCACCGCUUUCCAGUUCCAUUCUAAGCAGCACCGCCGCUACAACCAGCACAUCAACAACCAACAACAACAGCAAUAA